AUGGAGAAGAGUAAUGGCCAACGAGUGAUUCUGUUUCCACUUCCAUUACAAGGCUGCAUCAACCCAAUGCUUCAACUUGCAACGAUCCUCCACUCAAAAGGUUUCUCCAUCACUGUGAUCCACACAAGCUUCAACGCCCCAAAACCUUCAAACCAUCCUCUCUUCACCUUCUUACAGAUACCAGACGGCUUGUCCGACGCAGAGACAAGAACUCACGAUGUCACACUUCUCCUAACGCGUCUCAACCGAAGCUGUGUGUCUCCCUUUCGUGAGUGUUUGACUAAACUGUAUCAAUCUGCAAAGGAAGAGAAAGAGAGGAUUAGCUGUUUGAUCCAUGAUGCUCAAUGGAUCUUCACACAACCUCUCACUCAGAGUUUGGAUCUCCAGAGAUUGGUCCUCAGUACCUAUAACGUCUCCUUCUUUCAUGGCCAUUUCGUUCUUCCUCAGCUCCGCAGAGAAAGAUUACUUUUACUGCAAGAACAAGAUGAUCUAGUACAAGAGUUUCCACCGCUUAGAAAGAAAGAUCUUUCACAGAUUCUCGAGGAAGAAACCGAGCUUUUAGACUCAUACUCAGAUAAAAUCUUGGAAACAACAAAGACGUCUUCUGGUGUUAUAUUCGUGUCAUCUUGUGAAGAGUUGGAUCAAGACUCACUAACCCUAGCACGUCAAGAUUUCAAAGUCCCUAUCUAUGCGAUAGGACCUUCUCAUAUCAACUUCCCAGCCAUGUCUAGUAGCUUGUUCACACCGGACGAUACUUGCAUUCCAUGGCUAGACAAACAAGAAGACAAAUCCGUAAUCUACGUGAGUUUCGGUAGCCUAGCGAACAUGAGCGUUUCAGAGUUAAUAGAGAUUGCUUGGGGUCUAAGUAACAGCAACCAACCGUUUUUGUUGGUGGUACGUGUUGGUUCGGUGAAAGACGCAGAAUGGAUCGAGACGAUCCCUGAAGAAGUCAUGGAGAGGGUUAAGGCGAAAGGGAAGAUAGUGAAGUGGGCUCCACAACAAGAGGUGCUAAAGCAUAGAGCCGUUGGUGGAUUCUUGACACACAAUGGUUGGAACUCGACCGUUGAGAGUGUUUGUGAAGGUGUGCCUAUGAUUUGUUUGCCUUUUGUGUGGGAUCAGUUGUUGAAUGCAAGAUUCGUUAGUGAUGUGUGGAGGGUUGGGAUUCAUCUAGAGGGGAGGAUUGAGAGGAAUGUGAUUGAAAGAGUGGUGAGGAGAUUGUUGUUGGAGCGUGAAGGAGAAGUGGUCAGAGAGAGGAUGAAACUUCUUAUGGAGAAAGUGAGAAGAUCGGUUAAACAAAACGGUUCGGCUUAUCGAUCUUUAGAACAUUUGGUUGAUCGUAUAUCAUCUUUCUAG